AUUUGUUGCUCUUUCUCUUUCUUUCUGCACUCAAUCCAAACCCCCCACCCAUAACCCUCGACCCACCGACCCACCGACCCCUUCUCGCCCUUGUUUCAAUCUCAAAAUCCCUUCAAUCAUGGUGAAGAACGCGUUGGAGUUGUGGGGCAACCAGCAGACAAUGAAUCUCAACCUUCUGCUUCACCAAAACAUUCUCAGUGCGCGCUACUACAAGGAAGACCUCAGCGAGCUCAACACCUACCAAGAGCUCAUCGAUGAGAUCUUCAAUAGCGUGUCGGACCUCGAGCCGUUCAUGCCCGGCGGCGGCACCAAAGCGUCGUCCGCGUUCUGCCUGCUGUACAAGCUCUUUGUGCUGCGGCUGACUGAGAACCAGCUCACAGCCAUGCUCAACCACGCCGACUCGCCGUUCAUCAGAGCGAUCGGAUUCUUGUACUUGCGCUACUGCACGCCGCCAAAGGACUUGUGGGACUGGUUCGAGCCGUACCUCGAGGACCAGGAGCCCAUCAAGCUGCAAUGGGCUGCCUCGGCGCAACCCACAACCAUUGGCGAGUUUGUGCGUGGAUUGCUCGUCGACUCAAAGUUCUUGGGCACGCUGCUUCCGCGCAUCCCAGUGCCAAUCACCAAGGAAAUCCAGGCAAACUUUGCGGCGCGAGGGCAGAGCUAUUUGCCAGCGAACGAUGAGGACAAGAGCAGCGCUGCUGCUCCUGCUACAGAGACGUCUGGAUCGAGCUCCCCCGUCGGAGGCCGCUCGCGAGACCGCCCAUCCAGCCCAUCAGGGCGUGACGAUCGCCGUGGCGGUGGCGGUGGCGGUGGCGGUAGGUCACGCUCCCCGCCGCGCCGUCGCUCUCGUUCGCGCUCGCCUUCCAACCGCCGACGCUACGACGAUCACCGCGAUUCGCGUCGUUACGAUGAUCGCGAUCGCCGCGGAGGAAACGACCGGGACCGCGACGGCGGCGGCCGUCAAAGUCGCGACGACUUUAAUCGCUAUCCGCGAGGCUCGUAUGUCGAUCUCGACAACCCCGGGUCCUCUCGAUCGUCUGGCGGCCAUUCGUCAUCGUCGAGUCGUCGUCGUUCGCGAUCUCGCUCCCCUCGCCGGAGCAGUGAUCGCGACUAUGACCGGUCUCGACGCAGCGACCGUCGCCGCUCGCACUCACGUUCUCCUUCUCGCCGUGCACGAUCCCGAUCUCGCUCGCGCUCGCGCUCUCCUCCUCGUCGGGCACGGUCUCGCUCUCGCUCACCUUCGCGCAAGUCGUCGUCGUCCUCGUCGUCGUCUCGUCGUCGGCGCUCGUCCUCACGUUCACCGGUGCGCUCGCGAUCUCCUGCGCGCUCCGCCUCGGAAGCGUCGCGUGGUGAUGGGGAUGGCAAGGCGGAUGCUGCUGAUUUGCAAUCACAUCACUCACCCUCGGUUGAUACUCCCACAGCUGCUGCUCCAAUGGAUGUGCACGAAAAUGGCGCUGCUCAAAGGAGUGAACCUACGGUCGCAGCGGAGCCCAGCGCCGUGGAGCCGAGCGAGGCUUGAAAGCAGUUGUUUUGGGUUGUUGUGUGCCGUUUCGUGUUUGACGAUGAAUAUUUUUGUGCAAUCUAGUCGUUUUGACCAA